CACCUGCAACGCCCAGAGUGCUACCAGAGGUCGCACACUAUUGGUGCAAAAUUAGUCACAUGACCUGUCACUUAAGCGAUAUGAGCUCGGAUAGAACUUUGUGUGGUUUGACAUACUGCUUAGAGGUUGUAGGGGCACCGGGACCACACAUCAGCUCAUAUUGACCUCGCUUAAUCAAUUUUGCUUGGUCAGUCAACAAUGAAUUCGUACUUAGAUUAUACGAUUUAUAACCGUGGCGGGAACACUUACAGUUCGAAAGUUGGGUGUUUUCCUAUGGAGCAAGAAUACAUGCCAAGUGCUUGUACAAGUACAAAUAAUUACAUUCCCGAGGGACGUACAGUCGGAGGCAACACAUUUUCAACGGCACAGCUCGAAACUCACGGCACAACUUAUGCACAACUUCAGCCGCAGCCAUACCACAUCAACAUGGAAAUGGGCAAAACUGGACACACCAAUUUUUGCAAGCAAACCCGACCACACUCGGACUACGGGCACCAACACAUUCUCACUCAAGCAGAUGACCACAUGCGUCUGCAGUCCCCUGCGUUUUCUGUGGUUAACAUGGGAUCCAACAUUGGAACAUACAGUGAAUCAAACUGCAGGCCAGGCUCGGUCUCUGCAAGCCAUUAUCAGCCCUAUCCCUAUGGAGAACAUGAAUCACAGGGCUACGGUCCGUUUAACAAGUACCAAGUCUCCACUGAGAGUGACAGCGAAUCCAAGACUAAUAUCAAGCAAGCGCCAACGUUCGACUGGAUGAAAGUCAAAAGGAACCCUCCUAAAACAGUUAAAAUGACCGAAUACGGGAUCCACGGCCAGCAGAACAUAAUCCGCACCAAUUUUACUACCAAACAGCUCACCGAACUUGAGAAGGAGUUCCACUUCAACAAGUACCUCACCAGGGCGCGCAGAGUCGAAGUGGCCGCCACCCUUGAACUAAACGAAACGCAGGUUAAAAUCUGGUUUCAGAACCGAAGAAUGAAGCAGAAGAAACGGGAGAAAGAAGGAACAGCACCGCUCCUUAAACGCGCGACCAUUUUCUCUGCUGGCGAAAGCGCAGACAACUCAAACUCCUCUUCCCCAAGCGCCUCGCCUUCUUCAGACUCUUGCGCUGCUGUUUGA